UCCUUCAUCAACGUGGGAGACACGAAAAUGUGAAGUUGUUUUGAACCCGUGUGGAAUUUGUGACACUAAGAUACGUUCGCCCCUUUACUUUGCUUUAUUUACCUAUUCGUGUGGAUUUGAUGGACUUUGCCUUUCUGCCAUGAUGCCAGGACACAAUCAGUCCAAAACGGCGGCAAUUGCCGCGGAAGCGACGAUUGGAAACUGUCAGAACUGCUCUGUUUUGCACCAGAGUCUGGCUGAAUACGUCUCGUCAUUUCUGGCACUGAAACAGAAGAUAACGGUUUCAGAUGACACAGUCAGGCUUCAGGAACAGGUGGAAGAGCUCCAGAUCUCUGUGGUUACCCUGGAGAAAAAGACAGCAGAUUAUGAAGCUUUGCAGGCAGAACUGGAAGAAAAGAAGAGUGCUGUGAAGGCUUAUGAGCAGCUGUCCGAGGAGAUGAAAAAACUUAAGCAGGAGAACAGCCUAAGGGCCACAGAAAAUCAAAAGCUUGAAGACCAGCUGAAGUCUGUAAAAGACUUGACAGAAACGCAGUCAUUUGAAAAGGCAAAGCUGAAAAGAGAAAAGGCUGCUCUUGAAAAUGAUUUGCUUCAAGCUCAAGCGUUGAUGAAAAGAUCCCAGGCACAAGCAGAAAAGGCUGAAAAAUUGAUGGAGGAGAAAGCUGCAAUGACAAGCCAGAAGGACAGUCUUGAAAAUAAAGUUCAACUACUCAAAGACUCAAUUAACAAACAGAACCAUCAAAUAUCACAACUGACCAGAGAAAAGUUCCUGUUGGAGGGAAAUAUUGCCGACCUUCAGGAGAGACUGAUCAAACUGGAAAGAGAUAGAUGCAAAGACUAUAAGAGUGCAACAAGUCAAACAACUGUUCCUGUAGAGCCAAAAGUGGACAAAGAAAGGGUCCGGGUGUUACUGCAGAAUUUGUGGGCGUGUUUGGAUCCUGAGCAGGAGCGGUCUGCAGACCAGCUGCUCUCCACAGAGAGUAAUCACCAUCCAGCUCCACCCUCCUCGCUGCCAAACAAACAGCCUGAUCUAAUCGCAAAGUGCUCGUCAGCGUCGCACAAGAUCAGCGACUCUCACAGAGACUCUCACAGAGACUCUCACAGUGACCACGUGCAGAUGAAAGCAGUUUGCUCACAGUUAAAACGCAGCCCUCGAGCACCGGGUGCCCUAAAGCUCGAAACAUCCCCCCAGCGCUUUAAGGCUAAGAGUCCGGCAAAAACUCCCAAAAAGAGCAAGCGAUCGUCCAAUGAACAAAAACCUGAGGAGCCACUUCCUGAUAAGGGCAGCUGUGAAAUAUCUCUGAGUGAUAUAAUGAAGAUGUUCCAGCCAUUGCCUCCCUGCCUGUCUCCAAUGUCAGAGUCGGACACCAACAUUGAGCCAAUGGAGUCAGCGGAUGAUGGAAUAAGCAAGGACCGACCUGAAACACCUGACGGCUCUGCUCCUCUUAAAGAAGAAGACUCCUCAAAUGGCACAGGAUUGAAAUCAAGCCACAGCGGUCUAGAAUCUUCUGCACCACAGACAGAAGAGAACAUGGAUUUACAAGAUGUCAAAACUGGAAAUCAGUUUCUUUUAUAUGGUAAAGACUUGAGCCAAAAUGAAUCGAGUGGUCCUGCUCAAAUAAGUGACGAAACCUGUGAUAAAGACGGUGGAAUUUGCCCUGAAGACAUGGAGCCCAUGGAGGAGGCCCCACCAUCUUCAUCAAACAGUGCGGUUUUAGCUGAAGUUGUCUCCUUAAGUGCUGAAAGUCUGAACCCUUUGCAUUCUGUGAAUCCCAGCAGCGAAUGUGCUCACAGCGCCUCGGAGGUUAAACCCGCUUUAAAUUCACAAAAUGAUGAUUCCAUCACUGUCACAAAGAUGGACGUAGACUCCAGCAUAAGGGAGGUUUUGGGUGCCAUGGCUGACGAUCCUCAAUGCGGAGAAUCACUCCUGAAAGGUGAUGCAACUGUCAGCACUGAAAACGAAAAACAAGUGGAUCCUGUUUCUCAACCUGCAAAAGAAACAGUGGCUACAGAAAACGGUAAAGAAAUUGAAAAAGACCCUCUGAACUCCUUCAAGGGCAGUCAAGAAACCACGUCGCUUAAGCUCGGGGAGCCUUCGGGCUCUCCCGUCAGAGACUCAGAAAUGCCAGAGUGCGCUCCAUCAGUCACGGGUGAUGGCAUGGUCAGCGUCUCACAUAAGAGCCCCGGACAGAGGUCAGAAACCGAUGCAGCCCGCCCGCGCUGUGGGGCCAAAGAUAGCAGUGCGGCACACACACUUAAGGAAGUUACAGCUUCACCCUCUGAGUCAAAUGCUGGAAGUAAAUCUCUGUCUGCUGUGAUGAAGAGGGAAGACGAGGAGCCCCAUUCUGACAAGGGCUGCGUCGAAGCUAAUUCUAAAACUCCGACAAAAGCCGACGUUGACGCAGAGACAACAGGCAGCGAAGUGAUGGCGGGCGGUGCGCCCUCAUUGUCUCGCUCCCCUGGAACAGCCAGCGUGGGCUGUAAAUCUUUAGAGAAAAACACACCUUCUGUUUGCAGGGAGUUGAGUCCUACAUGUCUGUCGCCCUCGGCCGAAGGCACUCCAGCAGAAACCGGGGAGCCGCCUGUAGAUGAUGAGACAGAACUGAGCGCAACAAUCGGAGAACAUCCUGAACCGCACACGGGCAGCGAUGACACCAGUGAAAGGGCUUCUGUCAGAGGGCUGCCUCCUGACCACACAUAUGCAGGAAGCUCUGUGCCAGCUAGUCAGAAUGCCGCUGCCGCAGAAGGACUAAAAACCUUUACGGAGUUUGGAGAAGGUGGCACGGUGGCACACCCGGCUGCAACUAAGACCUCGGAGAACAUCGGCCAUGUGCGCUCUGAAAUGGGUCCUCCACUUCCUCCUGUUCUCACUCCGCUGAGCAGCCCCCCAAAGGCAGGAAAGUCAAUCAACCCAAGACACGCUAUUGGAAAGCUGUCCUUUCCCUCCCCUCUGGAUGGGGUAGCUUCCCCUUCCACUCCCGUGCACACACACUUAACACCCAACAGCCAGCCACUGUGUUCCUCAUCUCUGGACAGUCCGGUGCCUUCGAGUGGAGUCCCCUCAUCGCCUCUACAGUUCGGGUCUGCCACCCCGAAACACGCCGUGCCCGUCCCAGGCCGCCUGCCUGCGGCCAAGAAUUCUUCCCCAUCAUCUUCCACCAGCCCAUCUCAGGAAAACUCCAUGAGAAUGCUUGACACCAUGUAUCCAGAACUUUCUGCCCGUGCCCGGACUUUGAGCAUUCUCAGGGGCAAUGUCAGUCUGGGCAUCGGCUCCUCGGAGAGCGGAGCGUUAUCCACAGCAGCAGACAACCAGAUGUCUGGCUUUAAGACUAUCAGCUCCACUUCAACCGCUUUUACAAAGACUGAGAUGAGGGGGAAUAAAAGGCCGGCCAUCAGCUCGCCUCAGCCCACAGGCCGCAAAAGUUUGAGGCUUGACAGCGAUUCUCCUGCCGUUUCUUCCAAGGAGGUCCCUGCCCUCUCCUCAAACAGCGGAGACGAGGCCACGUCACCCCAGAGGGUUGAACCGCUCAAGAGUCCAACAUCUGGAGAACCAGCUGAGCCAAAUCUUAUUGCUGAUUGUUUGAUGAAAAUUAGGAACAUGUGCUUUGAUCUGCUGCCCGUUCUCCAGAGCUGCCUUUACGUUGGUAACAUGCCCAAAGGACCCGUGCUGAGAGAUGAAGAGAAGGAGGUCAUCUCUGAGAUCUGUCAGUGUAACUCGCUUGAAGAGGAUGACAUGAUUUCAGCCAUCGCGACCAAACUGAAGACGGAAAAAGAUGUCCUCAGCCCAAACUACACGCAGGCCCUCUGCAGAGUGUACACAGGGAUCUGUCGACAGAGGAGACACUACGAGAAGGCUCGCAUCCUGGCCUACAGCAUUCUCCUGGAAGAUUUCCCAGAGUCUGCAAAGCUGGUUUUGUUUAUGGUGACAACAUGGCCCAGUUUCCUCUCACACAGUGGUUCUUUGUGCCAGGCCAUUCGUGCCAUCACCAAACUAAAGGCAGAAGAAGGACUUCACCACUGCUUUUCCAAAUUCUUUGGCUGGGAAAAGAAUCCUCCCUGUGACAUUGAUCAGCUGAUUACUCAAGCACUGUCUGAGUUUCGGUCAGGGUCGAAUAAGUCCUUCAUCAAACACAGUCACUAUGGAGAGGACCUCCCAACUGAAGCGUGGGACUGUAUCUUCACAUUACGCCUCCUGUGCUCACACAAGAAGUGGAAGUGGACCUAUGAGAAUGUCGUUGGAAAGGAGUUGUGGCCAUUAAUGAAUGAUUGGGUCACACAGCCAAGAGAUCAACAAGAACCAGUCUCUGACAUGACCGUUGCCUCUGUAAUCCGUCUCACAGGAUGUCUGGGUCAGCUGGGCCUUCAGGAAAAAUGUGUUCCUUCGGUGGUCACUGUUGCCAGUGUCAUGAACACAUUUGGGAGGCAUGGACAGACUCAAGGUGUACCAUGGGAGGUCCAGUUAGCAGCUGUGUACUGCAUCUACGACCUGUCUCCCUGCAAUCCCAAACAAGCCUUAGAAGCACUGGCAGAAUGGAGAAGAGAAACAACUCGAAGUGUGCCUCCUGCUGUAACUAGUUGCAUGACCCAGUUAGGAUCCAUUUGCAGACAAGUCAAAAGAUAAAAAUGUAUGAAUUUAAAUUUCACUCUAACUAUUUUAAAGACAGAACUAAUACCUCCGUAUGCACUCUGACAUGUUUUGCAAAUAGCUGCAAACUGUUACAGAAAUGUUUGUGCUCUGUGUAUCGCAGGACUUCUUAGUUUGAACUAGAUUGGUAGAGAUUCAUUUCCGAUUUCCCUUAAAUGUAUGCCUUUUGUGGUUUUUAGAUGCACUUUCACAUCGUACAUUUUUGUUUUCCCAUUUCCUGUUGCACAUUUGAUUUUUAAUAUUAUGAUGCCAAUGAGUUUGUAAAAAAUGGACUUAAAAAACUCCAUGCCUUUCUCCUGUACUCAGGUAAAACUGUAAGAUAUGUAAAACAUGUACAUGACUGUAAAGGUUAGGUGUGAAGCUGAUGUAAAUAUGUCAGUGUUUUGUUCCUGUAAUGUAAGAUUGUCAGCGUUUUGUACAGUUCUUUUAAAAUAAUUUUAUUUUUUUCCCUAAUUAAAAUGCACGUGUAUUGAU